AUGGACACUUUUCUCGGCUUACCUGUGGCUGUCAAGCUCAACCACGCGCCAAACGCGAUCGUAUACGGUGUUGUCCGCGAAGCUGUGCCAGAUUCGCAUCUUACUCUAGGAGGUGUAUUCAUCCCGGAAAGUGGUGCAACACGCGACCACUUAUCCCUCCCGUUAAACGUCAUUGAAGAUCUCAAUGUGCUCGAUCCGAAUAGUCUACCGCCCGGCUUCGUUCAAGCGCAACAGCAACAGCAACAGCAACAGCAACAGCAACAGCAACAGCAACAGCAACAGCAACAGCAACAGCAACAGCAACAGCAGCAGCAGCAUCAAGUACAGCACACGCAACAAGUGCAGUCGACGAUACCAUUGCCCUUUACUGAUGCCCCCUCCUCAUCGAUUCCGCCUCCCAUUGCCGCUCCACCCCAACGACCACCCAUAGAGAGCUCGUCACAGAGUUCUCAACUUCCGCCCACAGCAAUCGCUAGUCGGCCAUCUAAAUCGACUCACGUACACGCACACCCAUUGCCAGUCGCCGCCGAAUCUCACGACACGAAAGGAGGAGAGGGAACACCACAACGGCAACGUCCAGCAUUCGUGGACCCUGCCAUACUCAGCUUCGGCGCAUCGCCUGUUAGAGCACAGAACACCACCGCACGCAAUGACUUUGAGACGCCGAUUCGGUCAAUGCUCGCUCGAGCUGCGCAGAACCUGCCCAGCCCAAGCUCGCCCUUCAUCGGCGACAUCAGCAAUGUGCCACGUCAAAACCUCACUCAGAAACUCGCUGCUGCUGCCGGACAGAAGCCUCGACCAAUCGUGACCCAGCAAGUCAGUACUAAGCCUCCAGCCGCCCAACCCGCAGAGCUUGCCUCCGAAACGAUAAACACCUCCACUGCGCGAGACGCGAGUCUCAAGAAGAAGUCUAAGAAGCCGAAACGGCGGGAACCAGCUGUGGUUGCAGUUGCAGAUCCACCGCCAACAAUGAAUACCGAAGUCUCACGGAAUGGAAAUGAUAUGAAUGUCAGCGUCAAGAGAGGCAAGGGCUGGCGAAACACUCCACUGCUUCAGCCGUCUCCCCAACCAUCUACGGACGCACAAAGCUCUAAAAAGGGUCGGCGAAGGCGGGAUCAAGAGCAAGAGUUCGCGCAAGGUGACACUACCGAUAUUCAGGACAUGGGCGACUUCGAUUUUGAGGGCGAACUGAAAAAAUUCGACAAGAAGCAAGUUUUCGACGAGAUCCGACAGGGAGAUACCACUGCCGAUGAGGAUCGUUUGGUGAGCCAUAAUCGCAUUCAUCGUCCGGGCACAUAUGGUGGCAAGAACCUGCAUCCGACAGAGCCGGUCCUGAGCCCCAAACUGCCAGUCAAAGCUUCAAACGAUGCCGGUAGUACGAGUGAUGCCGACACCGAGCUCGACUUUCCCAAUGGUCGUUCCUCGUCUCGGCACUCCAACACACGAUCUGUUCUUAACAAGAAGCAACCCAGCAGGCAAAACAGCCAGCAUGUUGAUGCUCGAAUCGCCCCCCAUGCAUUGCUCCCACUAUCCGCCACCAUCUCGAAUCGGUCAUCUUCUUCGCUUGUCAGCCGGAGCAGACAUGCAUCUUCCAUGGCUGCGAUCUCACCCCGGCCAGACCGGUCGAACACACCUCCGCUUUCGCGCUCAAUCACUGAUCUGGCAACUGCAGCACCUGAAGCGUCGCCCGAGCCACACUUUGUCAUCCGUCCAGACAUGGGAAUCUGCCCCACACUACUGCCAGGCGCGCUCGACGCUCUCGAACUCGCCGCGGUGGAGACUUUCGGCUUAUCUGUUGAUGCUUUGACGGAGUCUGCUGCGCGCUGCAUCGCCGAAGCUGCCAUUCAUCUCGCCGAAGACAACAAUCGCCGCCGGCCAUCGCGUACCAGCACUGUUCGUGGUAGCAUGACCUCCAGCACCAUUCUCAACCAGCCUCCAGCUUCAUCUCCUGCUCCUUCCGCCACACCUGUCAUUGUCGUCCUGGCAGGAGAUCAUGCGGUCGGCGCACGUGCUCUAGCUGCGGCUCGUCACCUUGUAACACAUGGGUUCCAAAUCAUUGCUGCCGAGACUGUCAACUCGACAGCCGAGACAGUCAAUCCUCAGCGCCGAACGCAAACCAACAUUCUUCGCAAAAUGCGCGCAGCUGGCGCUCCAGUGCGUCGCGGUCGUUGGGCGCGCGCCGAAGAGUAUAUUAAGCACCUACCUGGUCCGCCUACCGUCAUCAUUGACGCUCUCCUUGCUGGCACACCGGUCGCAUCAAUCCUACAGAGCGCUCAGCAUACCCCGCUGGCCGCUUCUGCUGACACUUCUUCGACUCAACAUACUGAAGUUCGUGCCAUGAUAGACUGGGCGAAUCGCAGCCGAGCACCUGUUCUCUCAAUUUCAGUACCCUCUGGCGUGGACGGACUCUCCGGACUCACGACCGUAGUUGAUGGCGAGCCUCUUGCCAUCCGUCCUGCUCGAGUUUUAGCAUUGGGUGCCCCGCUGAGUGGUUUGCUCCGCGCCAUGCUUCUCACAGGAGAGCGAUGGCCAGUCUCUCUCGCCGACGUGGGUAUUAACAUUGCCCUCAGAAAGGAGGAGGGGUUGGCAUUUGUGGGUGGCGGAGGUCGCCGGAGGGCUGCAGCAUGGACUGUGGAACUGGAGGUUGCUGACGGCGUCGAUGAGGAAGAGACUGCGGAGUCGAGAAUCGGUAGAGUACGGUAA